GCUUAAACUUUGAAUUGGUAUUUGGUCUAAAACCACUGCAACAAAUCGAGCCUCGUCCAAAUGAAAAUAUUUCUCCGAUUGCGACAAUAAAUAAUCGUUGCCCAACUCAACAAACAAGUAAAUAUUAGCAUUCUAACGUUCCGGUCGACUCCGGUAUCCCUCGUCGUCGACGGCCACCUUUACGGCGGGUCUAUGAGAAAGGCAGGGCCGAGCCGGAGCAGUGUUCCAGUAUCACCCAUGUUGUGUGACACAGUGAGUUGCGCCCCAGUGCAAGUGGAGUUCAUUGUAUGUUGAACACAACCGAUCGAUAAAUUCGCAUUACUUCCGAAAUAAACGUUUUUGUGUGCUUUUGAGAACUAUGGGCUCAAAUCGAGUGUUUUAACCCGGACACUUCCGAGUACCAGCAGUUGGUCCAAGAGUGGUCUACGACAGCCACAUGCUAAAACUGCGGCUGGUUUCCACUCACUUCCUUAAACAACCAUAGAUUUGCGAUGUGUCGAGAUAGGGAUAUGAACCCUUAAGUCAGAUCAUUGCCGUACUAGUGCAUGCUGUAUUCUUAUAAGUCAUUACAACUCUAGUUUUAACUUUACAUAUUUUCUAAAGUACAAUUCUGUUCGCGAAGUUGUGUUCCCAUCAAAGUGCUAUCACCCACACGCCGAGACAAUGAAAGGUCCCUCCCGGAAAGAAGAAACCCAGAAGUCCGGACCGAAAGAAUUCGCCAAGAAGAAGCCAAACGCAAUCCCCACAAGUUUCGACGAAGCCAAGGCUUCCUGCAAGGCCCGGAAACGGAAAGAGCGCCAAGAGAGCAUCAGCUCGCUGUGCCAAGAGCGCAAAGUCAUUCGCUCGAAUUCGGAAGAAAGACCCACCCAGAAAAAGUAUCUCGAAAAUAAGACAAUUCGACGAGUCUCAAGCAGCGAAGAUUUCCAAAAGUCGGACCACAAAGGUGCGACUUUGACCCAGUUCAUCGAACGCAACGCCUCACCAAACCGACAAAACUCCGAUAUUAUACUGAUCUAUGACGAGGAUUGCGAACACGAGAAGCGGAGGUCGCAUGAGCGGUUUUCCAAACCUCUAGCCUUGAAGAAAAAGUCGCACAAGAGUCGGAGACCGAAAGCCCGCUGUUUGCCCAAGCCGAAGUUCAAGCCCGAGAUCACGCAUGAAAAGGACGAGGUGAAGAACGAUUCUGAGGAGAUUUACGCGGAGCCCUUCCUCCAGCUGCACAAGGCCGAGAAGGAGAGGUCUCCAAGCCCAGUCCGCCUGGACCUGACAACGCUCCAUGAACAGGUCGAUUGUUCCGAACCGCUCUUAUCCUGUGCCAACCACCAGAUCGAUGAAGACACGGAGACGCUUCCGGGAUUGUCGGUCGCGUCAAAUCGAUUAUUAUCAUCGCCACGGAAUUCCAUAAUUGCGACGCAUCGGAUUUACUUGGACCCCGAUGUGCAGGUCAAUUUCGGGUUAGAGAACAAGACGCAGAACCCGCUGGAGUUGCGGCUGCAGAAGAUCACCAAGCAGAUCAACAGCACGAAGAAGAAGAUUAAGAAGUUUGAGAGCGAGUUUGAGGCCAAGCAUGGGUAUAAGGUCUCGCAUGCCGACAAGUUGAACGAUCGGAAUAUAAGGCAGUUGUAUUUGGAGUUGAGCAAGUUGAAGAAGGAGCAGAAGCAGCUGUUUGAUGUUUGUCCGAAUGUUGCGCCGGAGGAGGACAGGGAGAAGGCGCUCCAGAGCAGUCCGAGGAACCUCCAAGACACCCUCAACGAUAUCGAAAGGAGACUGUCCCAGAAGCGAGAAUCUGCGAAGCGCCCGCACAUCCUGGAGCAAAUGUCGAACGAGGAGCUAAUCGACGAAAAAAUCGCAGUCCAAAAGGCCCUCCUCUACCUGGAAUCGAUCCACGGACGUCCCGACAACAAAGAAGACCGCAACCUGGCGCGCCCCAUCUACGACAGAUACCGCAUUCUGAAACGAAUGAUCGGGAAAAUCCAAGCGAACCCAUCGGGAAACGAACUGGCGACCAUCCACGAGGACGAAACAAUGACCUUUGUCCCGUCUUUCACCCCCCAAGUGAGCGAGAUCGACUCGGAGAAGUCGUCGGUGAUGACGAGCACCGACAGCAGCGACACCGACACCUCCAUCAGCGAAAAUCUCCACUCUUUGACCAAGUUCGAACUGAUUGAACAGCACCGCAUCGUCUCCGAGGAGAAGAAAGAACUGAGGCGGACUAUUAAGGUGUUCGAGGUGGAAGUCCAACACAAAACUGGCCGAAUGGUGCAGAAGGAGGACAAGCUACCGAUCGAAAACGUUUAUCUAGCUUACAAGAAAGUCAAAGCCAAGCUCAAGUUGCUCGACGCUUUGGUCGGCAAGCAACUUUAAAUUUUUAAUAUGUAUUAAAUUCAUGUUUGAAGCUAUCGAUUGGUAGAAGUUGUUUUAUUCAUAUUAUAUGUGCUGUUACUAUUUUAUAUCGUUAAGGAUUUUUUAUUUGAAGUUUGAGUAGGGACGUAGCCAAUAAACUGUACCACCA